UAUCUGAUAUGGCGGUUGACUUCGGGCAAAGUGCACGCCACGGAUCCGUCCAACGCGUGUAUCACCGGCUUCUACGACCCAUUCCUCAUGAAGUACGCCGAUUGGGCGCUCAAUAUGUUUGAUAUCCCGCCGUCAAUGUUGCCCACCAUUCAGGACACAAACAGCGAUUUCGGCCAAAUUAACGCACAAUUCUUAGGCGCUUCGAUACCGAUUCGGGCGGCUGUUGGCGACCAACAGGCGGCUAUGUUUGGCGAGUGCUGUUUCCGCGAGGGCGACAUGAAGUGCACGUUAGGCACCGGCACUUUCAUCAACAUCAACACCGGUGUCAAGCCGUGCGCCUCUUACAAGGGUUUAUAUCCGAUUAUUGGCUGGAAAUUAGUGAACGAACCGAAGGCCGUGUAUCUGAUGGAAGGCGCCUCCUAUGACACGGGAACUGCUGUUCUUUGGGCACAAAAUAUCGGUCUCUUUAAAGACCCGAAAGAGACCAGUGAUUUGGCGCAGAACGCGACCAACAGUGAUGUCUACUUUGUGCCCGCAUUUUCGGGCCUUCAGGCGCCCAUCAAUGAUAAUAUGGCCACCACUGCCUUCAUUGGCAUUAACUCGAACACAAGUAGGGCUCAAAUGGUUAAAAGUAUAUUAGAGUCGAUUUGCUUUCGUGUGAAACAAAUGUAUGAAAUUGUUUUAGAAGAACAAAGAAAUCUAUUGAUUAAACAGUUCCGUAUCGACGGCGGCGUCUCUAACAACGAUUUUGUGGUACAAAUGAUCGCUGAUUUGACCGGAAAAAAGGUUGAGCGCGCCUCACAUCGGGAGAUGUCCUCAUUGGGCGCCGCAUUUAUGGCCGGUCUGGCCGUCGGCUACUGGACUGACUACAAGCAUAUCUCUAGUCUUCGUGUGUCAGAUAAGGUGUUCCUUCCGAGGAAUAACUGGAGUAAUACUAAUCGCAAUAAAUUCGAGACAUGGGAACGGGCUGUCCAUCGAUGUCUUCUAUUGAUUGCGAAGACAAUCCGCGGAUCAGCUAUGGAUCAGAAGAAGCCGAUGGACACCACCGACACAUUUCAAGAGCUACAAGAGUUCAAACGACGGCAGACAUCACUUCGGGAACGACUGCAGCGCCGGAAGAAGGAGAGGGAAGACAUCCUCACCGGCAGUGGUUCCGGCGGUGAUCAGCCGUUGCCGCCGGCCGUCAGCCAAGUGUUGUCCACCGCCGCGACCGCAGCCGCAGACAACACAUCCGGUGUUGUUGUGGUCGACAAAAGCAAAUGCGAUAAAAUUGAGCGCAAAUUAUUGCACUUCUUGUGCGACCAGAGCCUCAAACUGCCCAUCGAUUCAAACGUGUUGUGCAAUCAUGUGAUGAAGAGUUGCGACCAAUUGGGUGACCAAAAUUGUCACCAAUUGGUCAACGAUUUGCUUCAAAAGUUCUCACUUCAGGACCUGAUUGUUAUGUCAGAAAAGGUGAAGACAGACCUCUCGUGUGACGACCAGACAGUGUUUUCCAUCACAUCAUUAGAUCACUUAAAGCUCACAAAUUUUGCACAAGAAAUGGAUGCCAUCGAAGGCGACACCGGAAGCGCUAUUGAAAUGAAUGGCGCGAAACGGACGAAGAGUUUAUGCGUCGAUGAAAUGGACACUAAAAGAGCCAAAAUGGAGACCAAAGGCGACGAUUUACUCGAGAGUUUGCUCUCUUUGCCGACAAUCAGAGAGAAACAAAGCAAACAAAUGGGCGAAGAGAUACUGGAUCUGUUGUCGCGGCCGACGGCCAAAGAGCAGUCACUCGUGGAACAGUUCCGUUCGGUGGGCGGCGUUCAGGUGAAGGAAUUCUGUCCGCACGGAACCAAAGAGGAGUGCAUUAAAGCCAAUCAGACGCACAGCGCUUGUCGUCGGUUGCACUUCAAGAAAAUCAUUCAAAGACAUACCGACGAGUCGUUAGGCGACUGCUCUUUCCUCAACACAUGCUUUCACAUGGAUUCGUGUAAAUAUGUCCACUAUUUGGUCGACUAUUCCAUCAGUCGUUCCGAUAAACAGUCCAAACCUGUUGACAGAGACCGGACUGUUGUGCACAGCACUGCUGACGCGGUGGGCGUCCCGCAGACCAAUAUCACAGCCAUCGAGAAACGUUACAAUUGCAUCCUAUUUCCCGCACAAUGGAUCAAAUGCGACCUCAGGUUCUUCGAUAUGAGCACAUUAGGCAAGUUCUCGGUUGUGAUGGCGGACCCGCCCUGGGAUAUACACAUGGAGUUACCGUACGGAACGAUGUCCGACGACGAGAUGCGAAACCUGCAAAUACCGGCCCUUCAGGACGAGGGGAUGAUCUUCUUGUGGGUGACGGGACGGGCCAUGGAGUUGGGCAGAGAGUGUCUGAGUCUAUGGGGUUACGAGCGGUGCGAUGAGAUCAUAUGGGUU